UAGUGUUUGUAUAAAAGCUACGUUGAAGUUAAUGUCUACAGUAUUAUACGGACCACAGUUAAACAAACAGGAAUGGGACGUCUUACACUCUUGUGCCUGGAGAUAGGCCUUCUGGCCGUAGCAUACGCUGCCCCAGAUCACUACCGUCAGAGCGACAGUGGCCGGGGCUGUAACCCCUGCAGUGGCGGGGGUAACGACCGGACCAGCAGCCGAGACUACAGCAGUAGCAGCACACGUGACCACGUCAGCACUACCCACGACAAGCGCCAUUACAGCUCUCACAGCCAAUGGAGGGACCAAGGCGGUAACACCGACCAUGGGCGCGGAGGAAGUGGAACGAGUGGUCACGGCAGCCACGACACCCACCGUGGACAUGGCAGCGGGGGAAGGGGACCUAGUCACGGAAACCAAGGAAGCCACGGCCAUGGGCACGGUGGUGGGCAUGGAAGUGGAAGUGGUCACGGUAGUGGAGGUAACAGCGGCGGCGGCGGCGGUGGUGGAGGCGGCGGCGGCGGCGGUGGAAGAGGAGGCGGUGGACAUGGGGGCGGUCACGGCAGCGGCUAUGGGAGUGGUGGUCAGGGUGGAUGGCGCGCUGGCGGAGGCGGCGGCGGCGGCGGCGGAGGUGGUUCAUACCGCCAUUAGAGCAAACCCAGGGUUUUUUAAAACCGUUAUGAUUUAAAGUUUCAGAAUAACUCUGCUACGUCGACGACGCAGAUGAAGCGAAGCCGAAGACCGACCACCCGUGCCGCGGGAGAUCUUUUCAUUUAAUUCUAGUUAAAUUCGUAAUACUUACCUACUUAUCAUUAUGUAAAAUAAGAUAUCGAUAUAGAAAUAUGAUGUCAUCGACAUAUUGCCAGUUAUUUAGUAUUAUAAUACUUAACUCAUGAGUGUGUUAUUAAAACUUUUCACAAUUUCAUGCUUCGUACCCACUUACAUAAAAUCUAUAACUCUAGCCAUAGAGGCAGCCAAUCAGCUCGCGACACCAAACACUUCAGGACCCCGAUACCGACCCCGCCGGCGUGGUCGACGAUUUCCCUCAUUCAGCGCUUAUCGCUAUCGACCCACCAGGGUCGAUUAAUUCUUUCAAAUAUUUUUCCUCUCAGACGACGCCCUGAGCCGAGGUUCGCGCCCAACUGGGCACCCUCAGGCCUGUUGUCUUAAACGUUGUACCGGGUGAGAGCCUUCAGCGCUCCCCAUUUGUCCGGCCAAGUAGUUAAUGCCAUCUGCGGCAAAUCUACAAUAAGUCACGUCAAAAAAAAAAAAAAUCUAUAAGUACGAUUAAAAUUUAUACUGAGUUAAGCCUGA